GACUCGCAUCCUUCUCUCUCUCUCUCCCUCUAUACACCUCUCUGACCCUCGCCGUGUGUAUAUUUCCAUCCUCAUUCGCGUUUGUUAAAACUAAACGGCUAUUGGGACUGGACAGAGUCGAGUUUUGGUCCUUUUUUUUCUGGUUCUCGCUAAUUCUGCACUUCUGUCAUUCAUUCAUUCAUUUCACCUCACGGUCUGCCUCUGUUAAACUACUGUCGCGAGCCGUUCGCGCGGAUACUGAGAGAGAGAGAGACCAACUCUGGAGCACGUGACAACAUCUGGACGUUCAUUUAUUUAUUAAUUUGUACACUUUUGUUUAUUUAUAUAUUUAUUCUUCUGCGUAUUUAUUUGCGACGUGUCUACCUUUUAAAACAAGGACUUGGACAAAUAUGAAAUUGCUGGGUGACUCCUCCUCAUCGCUGCUCCUCUCGCUGCUGUUGGCUCAACUACAUUUGUUAGCAUCUGCCUUCCCUGUCCAUCACCGGCGGAACCAGAUCGACUUCGACAAGCUGAGCAAUCAGACCAAACUCCUUCUGACGCUGACUCGGAAUCUACUGAAAGACCGGGUGUUUAGCACAGAGAUUAAUCAUCACAGGUUCAAGUCUCUUCCAGCAAUCAGUAGCAGAGCCAGUGACUUCGCAACUCUAGAGGUCAAGCCUACUCUUUCUCAGCUCCAUGCAAACCUCAAGUCCUUUCAGCACCAUUUUGAGUGGCUGAACAACAUAACACACAAGCAGCAGCACAGCAUACCAAAGCUGACGGACAUGGUCUCCCACAUCGGGGGGCUCGUAAACUCCUUACAGCGCCAGAUGAACCACAUAGGGGCUCCCCGACUCCCAGUCCCCUCCCCGUCACUCCCACCCAUUCCCACCUUUCACUGGGAGAUGGUUCAGACCUCUCAGGAGCUCCUGGAACAGUUCUCACUCUUCUGUGAUUGGGCCGCUCGAGUGUUGGGCAGGACGCGGUCUUUAUUAACCUCCAGAGAAGCACCUGUCGUAGGGAGCACCGGGACAUCUCCCAGUGGCCCAAUUCGAAUUGUGGGGAAAUAGUUUCCAUAUAUUAAGAAGAGUUUUGAGUUUUAUGGUCAGUCCGGCCCAUUCAAGUGAAAGAAGGGUGGUCAAACAAUUUAAUUUGUUACCCAUUCACAGCAAUCAGUCUCACCACUGUUGUUUGUGUCAAAGAUGUACAUUUUUCAAAACAGCCUACCUUGAGUGAUGUGUUAGUGGGGGAUUAUCUUUGGUGGGUUGUGAUGCGCCCUGUACAUCCCAGGCUGAUUUAAAUUUUUAGUCAGAGUUUGAAGCCUGAUCAGUGAAAGAGUCUGAUCUGAAAACGACCAAGCACUCUGGUAGACAUCCUGCUUCCGACGCUCAAUUUAACUUUCUUUUUUUAUACAAUUAAUUUUUUUAGUACUAUUUGUUAUUUAUGUAUUUAUUUAUUUAUUGAUUAGUUAUUUAUUUGAUGAUAUUAUUUAUUUGAUUGCUUGAUACACGUCAACACUCUUUUCAUUAUCAAGAAGUAAAAUGUACUCUCUUUAUUAUUUUGCUUUAUCCAUCUGCUUCUUUUGUACCACGCACACAUACAAAACACAUGUAUGACAGCUUCAUUUCAUGUCAUUUAUUCAACUGAUUGUAUUUGAUACAGUUUAUUUCCUCCUCACUGUUGCCUAGGUUGUCAUACUUUGCCACUAGAUGUAGCAAUAUUGUGGGAGUGUAAUGUAUGCCAGUGCUGAAUGAGCGAGGACUAGCACUGACCUUUUGCUUGUCUUUCUUUUUUGUUGUUGUCUGUAGUUUUUGCACAGCAUAUUAGGGUUUAUAUUGUUUUACUUAUUAGUUCUGUGAUUCAGGAACAUACUUUAAUAAACCUUAUUUCAAGCAACAACCUAAGACAACCUACGCCUUAAAAUACUAUGUAUUGUGAUACUUUGGUACUGUAAAGUUGUACAUAGAUGUUCCCGAAUGUAAACUAGUAUAUACAAUGUGUGUAUACAUACAUUAUUGUUUUCUGUAAGACAAAGUCCAGCGCUUUAUCGAUGUGUUGCAAUAUAAACUUUUUUUUCUUUCCCUCUCACGUUUUAGGAUUUUGAUACAGUAUUUACUAUUUAUUUAUAUUAUUAUUAUGGCUAUUAUUAAUAUAAUAAUUGUUAUUAUGUUCAAAUUAUUUAUUUUUCGCUAUUCAGAAGCAAGACUUCUGUCAUGUUUUGUACUUUUAUACUACUCACCAUCAAGCAUCAUCUCUGUUUUGGUCUGUGUUGACGUCAGUUUGAAAGUUGCCUAUGUAUGUGCAC